UCUCUCUCUAACCCUCUUUCUCUCUCCUCUGUUCUUGAGCUCCAUUGUAAUGGCGACCAUGGUCUGCCGUGGCUUACAGUCAUGUCUCGACUCUCAUCUCGCCGACCAGAGAGCCUUCAUUUUCCGGUCACCCUUCGAAUUCCCCUCAAAACCCCCAUUUUCCGGUGCCGACGAAAUCGACAUUGGGCAAUCUCCGGCCGAUUCCGGCGGCCGGAGUUCCCUCCAGUCGCCGGCGAUUCAGAAGGAGGCUGUGUACGUCCAUCCGACGGCGAAGCGAUUUAAUCCGACGGGUCUGAGCGAGAAGAGCUUGAAUCUCUGUACUGAAAAUUUGGGGAAUGAAACCGGCAGCGAUAUGAUCGAGAACAGUAUUUUCUCGCCGGAGAUCGACGGCGGGGAUUUGCAGAGGAAGGGGGGGAGAAAAUCCCAUUCCAAUUUUCAUUCCCAUUCCCAUUCCCAUUCGCAUCAGUUUCCGCCGCCGUUGACGACGAUAAGGGAAACGGAGUCGUUUCGGGUGAAGCCCCACCGGGAAGAGGGGCGGCUGAUAAUCGAGGCGGUGAAAACUCCGGCGAGGCAGUCUUGUUUUCAGGCGGAGAGAAGCCAUGGCCGGCUCCGGCUCUGUUUUUUCGAAACAGAGGAAAUUGAAGAAAUCGACGACGAUGACGAAGAAGAAGAAGAAGAUGACGAGGUCAGUGCCGAAACGACGGCGUAUGAGGGAAACGGCGUGAACAAUGGGAAUGGGCUCGUAAAUUUGGAGCAAUUUAAAAUUGCUACUUGUUAAUUUGAAUUAAUAAAAAAAAGUGAAAAUGAAAGUUUAAUAUGAGUUUAA